GCCUCCAUUAGAAUUAUUCCCCCUUCCCUACGUUACCCUGCCGGAUGAUCUGAUGCCUCCGUCGAUCUCCUCCCACCUAUAAAGCUACCAAACUGAUCAUUCCGAUGCGAGCCCGGGUAUCUGUGCGCCGCAACUCGCUGAUGCUAAGCUGAGCUAGUUACAUACAUAGAUAGAUAGUUUGGUUGGUGCAUCGACUAGCUGCAAGAACAGAGCAGCUGGGAGAAGCUGGGAGAGUUCAAGAAGCUGCUGAGCUCAGCUAGGUGAGCUUAGCUGUGUGGAUGCAACGCUGUUGGGAGAUGGAGCAAGUGGACGAGGCGUCGGAGAAGAACAGGGGGGUGAGCUCGGAGUCGGAGCGGCCAGGCCGCGGCGGCGGUGUGGUGACUGUGAGCCAGUGGCUUGAGCUCAGGCUAGGCGUGAACGGCGGCGGCGUUGAGACGGUGUCGGUCACGGGGGACUCUUCCGCGGCGUCCUCGGACGGCGGCGAGGCGGACGUGGACCCGCCGCUGACGACGCAGCAGCUGUCUUCUCCUUCGACGGCGGCGGCGACCCCGAACAAGGUGUUCUCGUGCAACUUCUGCAUGCGCAAGUUCUUCAGCUCGCAGGCGCUGGGCGGGCACCAGAACGCGCACAAGCGGGAGCGCAGCGCCGCCAAGCGGACGUCGUCGGCGCCGUACCACCACCACCACCACCACCGGAUGAUGAUGGCCAGCGCCGGCCUGCCGCUCGAGGCGCACGCCGCGUUCAUGCGCGCCGCCCUGCGCGUCAACCCGGCCGGCUCGGUGAUCCACAAGCAGCAGCAGCCGCAGCCGCAGCCGCCGCCGAUCACCCAGGACGCCACGGCGCCGAGGUUCCACGACGGCGGCGCCGCCGUCAUCACCCCGUGGACGCCCCUCCCGCUGGCCUACGAUGAGGCUCUCAGCUCGGCGUCGUCGUGGCCCGGGAGCUUCAGGUUCAGGACGCAGCCUGAGCCUCCUCCCAGCUCGGAGCAGCAGCCGCAGCCGCCAUCAGAGCAGAGUAAGAAGAUAGACUUGAGCCUCAAGCUGUGAGCGACAGGUGAUCAAUUGAUCACAAUAUCGUCCUUAGGUGUAGAGCUAGUACUUGUACUAAUUAAUCAAUUUGACAAGUAUAUAAUCACCAAGUGUUUAAUUCUUAAGUUUGAUAUAUAUAAUGAUUCCAGAAAGAAAUUAUCUUUCA